AUGAAGGAAGCAAGCAAUAAGAAACAUGGUUCCGAAUCCAAAGGCCGAUUGUGUAAUCUUCUGUAUAGAUGCCCUUCUGUGGAUGCUCAGACGGAUCCCGAUAGAUGUUACAAGCAUCUGUGUACAACGUACGCUUAUUAUGAUCCGGUGGAUAUGUGUAAGCAGAACAAUAAUGCACGAUGA